GGGGAAAGCCCCGCCCCCGCCGGGCGUGUGUGUCGUGUGUGUUUGGGGCCCGCGCGGGUUGAGCGCCCUCCGCCUUCGCGCCUCCUGCCCCCGAGGCCCUACGGCUGCCCCUGUGCCCCUCGCCCCGCCGGGCAUCGCGGGCCAACAUGGGCCAGGAAGAGGAGCUGCUGAGGAUCGCCAAAAAGCUGGAGAAGAUGGUGGCCAGGAAGAACACGGAAGGGGCCCUGGACCUUCUGAAGAAGCUGCACAGCUGCCAGAUGUCCAUCCAGCUACUACAGACAACCAGGAUUGGAGUUGCUGUUAAUGGGGUCCGCAAGCACUGCUCAGACAAGGAGGUGGUGUCCUUGGCCAAAGUCCUUAUCAAAAACUGGAAGCGGCUGCUAGACUCCCCUGGACCCCCAAAAGGAGAAAAAGGAGACGAAAGAGAAAAAGCAAAGAAGAAGGAGAAAGGGCUUGACCGUUCAGACUGGAAGCCGGAAGCAGGCCUUUCUCCACCAAGGAAAAAACGAGAAGACCCCAAAACCAGGAGAGACUCUGUGGACUCCAAGUCUUCUGCCACCUCCUCUCCAAAAAGGCCAUCGGUGGAAAGAUCAAACAGCAGAAAAUCAAAAGCGGAGAGCCCCAAAACACCUAGCAGCCCCUUGACCCCCACGUUUGCCUCUUCCAUCUGUCUCCUGGCCCCCUGCUAUCUCACAGGGGACUCUGUCCGGGACAAGUGUGUGGAGAUGCUGUCAGCAGCCCUGAAGGCGGACGAUGAUUACAAGGACUAUGGAGUCAACUGUGACAAAAUGGCAUCAGAAAUCGAAGAUCAUAUCUACCAAGAGCUCAAGAGCACCGACAUGAAGUACCGGAACCGCGUGCGCAGCCGCAUUAGCAACCUCAAGGACCCCAGGAACCCCGGCCUGCGGCGGAACGUGCUCAGUGGGGCCAUCUCCGCAGGGCUCAUAGCCAAGAUGACGGCAGAGGAAAUGGCCAGUGAUGAACUGAGGGAGUUGAGGAAUGCCAUGACCCAGGAGGCCAUCCGUGAGCACCAGAUGGCCAAGACUGGCGGCACGACCACUGACCUCUUCCAGUGCAGCAAAUGCAAGAAGAAGAACUGCACCUAUAACCAGGUGCAGACACGCAGUGCUGAUGAGCCCAUGACUACCUUUGUCUUAUGCAAUGAAUGUGGCAAUCGCUGGAAGUUCUGCUGAUUGAACAGCCAGGACCACCAUGAACAAGGUGAGGAAGAAGAAAGAGGAAGCGCUGAACUGUAUGAACUGGAGAAGCAAUAAAAAUUAAAGUGAAGGAAAAUACUGAA